ACUGAUAAUAGGCGGUACCAACCCGACCCGCGAAAUUAUGUGACAUGGCAGCGACGGCUUAAGAACGUUCAGAAGCUGAUCCUACUCCUAACAGAAAAGGGUUAAAGACAGGAAGGAAUAAAAAAGCAGCGGGAGCUAGAAAAGGAGAGAACAGAGUAGGAGAAAAGAUGAAAGGAGAAACUUCGGACCAUCAUUCAUAUUGUCGACUAUCGGAUCCUCGAUGAAUACCAAAACUCACCUCGCCGAACGGUCAGGCGGUGUAUCCCCAGGAUAACACAAGGAACAAGCGUCGCCAACAAAGCCGCCACGGACCUUAGAUAUCCCGGAGAACGAUGCCGAGAUGCAUCAGAUGUUGGAUAAGGCCUUUGUCGAGCUGAAACACGCGGGCCUCUUCACCUCCGCAGCCGGGGUCGAGGACGAGGCCUAUGAGGACGACGACUACAAGGAUGGUGGCGAGGAGGAGCAGAUGGAGGAGGAGAUGGAGGAGAUGGGGGAGGACGUCAUGAAGCAGGAUUCCGGAGAGGACGAGGUUAUGGAGGUUGGCGAGCCUCGGCAUGACGAACCGGCUGCCACCCCCGCCCGAAGCGAAAGAGCCAUGCUCCCGGGUCGAGCGAUGUCGAGGGUGCCGGGCCUAGCAAGCGGCGCUCCACUGUGCCGGGCUCUUCACAGACGGAGCGCACUCUGUUUGCCGAGGAGUGAGGCUGAUGCACAGUCUUCGCCAGAGCGAGGAGAUGCGGGCACUUCGUUCGUGGUCAAGGCCAGCAACGACCUGAGUGCCUACAAAGACAAGGGCCAGCCGGUAUACGAUUUCAAGAUCUACGAUCUUGACGGCCAUCGGGUUACGAGAUGCGCAAAGACCACCAUCGUCAUGGAUUCCAGCUCCACUCUCCUCCACGGUGCUUUCCUCUUCCUGAAGGUGAAUGGGCGCGAUUCCCGGAGACAAGCGCGAGCUGGAAGUUCAAGAUUUCCGAGUCCAAGUUUGAGAGAGGAGGGCAGCGUUGACGGCCGAACUCAAAAAUCGUCGGAGCCCAUUACCGCCCAACAGGCCAUGGUCAGCGGCGACUCAGCGCUGCCUCCAACGGAUCAGCUAGACGUCAUUAGUCCGGAAAGCAUAGAUGCUUGAAAGGGACCGAUCCAGAGGUGAAGAGAUCGCCAACUCGGCGUUGAUACAGUACCUACUGGUCACCACAACCCUCUGUUCCGGUAUCGGCACUAUCGAAGGGCGGGAGGGACUUUGUACAACAUAUGCGACACUC